AUGACGACGAUCUCUGAUCUCAGCCGUCGUGACUUCAGCGAGGUCUUUCCGACUUUCUGCGAGAUCUCUGCCAAAGAGACAUCCCCAAUCCGACACGCCGUUCUCUGGCCCUCUAUCCCCCUCUCCUCCCAGCUCCUACCUUUCGACAUCCUCCCCACCACGUCGCACCAUGGCGCAUUUCUCCCUCACUCGUCAUCUUCCCCUCCCACUCUCAUCGCCUGCCUCACAAUCACUCUUGAGCGCUAUGCCCACCCUCAUCACCUCGAUCCGGUCAUUACCGCCCGCGCGCGGGAGCACUAUCAACUGCACAAAUUUGGCGUACUGCAGGAAUAUCAAGGGAGGGGGAUAGGGAAGAAGUUACUGCUAGAAGCGAUACGGCAGCUGCGUAGGCGGAUAGGGGACGAGGGACCGGUGCUGCUCCAUUUUGACGCGAGGGAGACGCAGAUUGGGUUCUAUGAGAAGCUGGGUUUUGUGGUUUUGGAGGAUGAGCGGAUAGUGAAGAGAGGUCCGACGGGGAAUGGCCCGCCCGUGAUGUACCAGCGGAUGGGGAUGCUGGUGCAGUCGAGCCACGGAUAUCUGUUCGGGUGA